CAGCCGAUAGCGUUUCAAAAAAUACGUUUCCAUAGUUUGGUGACGGUGCUAUAUGCACGUAGAUGCUUUCUCUAUUUUAGUUGGAGCAAGAACAUUAAGUACAAUACGACCACAUUUAGUUUUGUUUGUUUGUUUUAACUUGUAACAUGAACAAAGAAGUACUAUUGAAUUGUGAAUAUAGUUUGAACACGACCCAAAUAUUUGGUGCUCUGUGUUCCAAAAAGUGUUUGACGAAAAGGUCUGCAGAGAAAAAAACUACAAAAUGGUACAACCUUGAAAACAUUCCACUAGCAAUUGUAAACGUUAGUAUUAUUCAGAUAUUUUUUCACGUUUAUUCGACGAAGAAAAUUACCAAAGUCUUAAUAUAUGAUCCCAACCGCCCCUACGAAGCAUGGAGAUUUAUGACGUACAUGCUCAUCCACGAUGAUUGGUCACACCUCACCUUAAAUAUCGUCAUCCAGUGCAUAUUUGCAAGUUUACUGGAAAAACGGCAAGGGGCAGUACGGAUACUUGCUUUGUACAUUUUGGGAGGUAUCACAGGUGUUCUAGGAGCAGCGUGUCUUCAUCCCCAUUUGGUUAUCGGGGCGUCAGCUGGAGGGUAUUCGUUAUUGUGUUCAAAUUUGGCUGACAUUAUGUUGAAUUACGAGACAAUCAGUUACAAAUACCAUCAGGUCGUUUCCGUAGCAACUAUAUUAAUUUUUGAUGUCAUUUACGACGUGGUCCACGCAUGUUUCAGAAGAGAACCCCAAGUGUCUUGGCAGGCCCAUUUUGUUGGGGGAUUAGCGGGGAUAUUUUUGGGAUUCGUUUUCUUCAAAUGUCAUACUAACAAUUCGCUUACGAUACAUAAACAUCUGUUCUGGACUAGCAUACUUUUGUAUUGUGCGAUGGUAAUAUCGUUUAUUGUGAUAACUAUACACAUUGGCAAAUGUACUCCGACCAACGUUAUAAGGUCUAAAUAUAUUUAUUUUUGUUAA